CGACGACGCCAUAUUGGGAAAGGCAAGACUACAGUACAAACACAUACAAAUGAACGGGGGAGAUGCGGUUUUUCUAUAUAAAAAGCGCACAACGUUUACACUUCUCAAAACAUUUAUGACUUUAUUUUCUUUAAUGGUCAGAAUUGAUGUCCUUGAAUAUUACUUCAUUAUCUUGGAAAAAACCCAACUGCCUCGUUCAGCUCUUUAAAGAGCCAAUUUGCCCGCUCCAAUAUGGCGGCGCUGUUGACGAGGUGUACAUCCACGGCCGCCGUAGUGAUGCAAGAUCUCUGCUAAAAUUACAAUUAAUUACAUUAGCUAACGCCUGCGCAUACCCCAACCCUAAACCUAACCUUACAAUAAUAAAAAAUAGAAAUUAACUGUUGUCAGCGUGACAAAUUAUGCGGUAUUGGAGUGCGCAUGCCCAGUGGAGGUUGCUGUAUCCCUUCUAGCCAUGACCGGACCAAAGCGCUCAUGUUUGGAAAAACAUGGUUGUUGCUAGAAGGGAUACAGCUGCCGCCGGAAGUUGUGCAAAAUCUCGCCAAAUAAUCACAAUAAAUUACAUUAGCUAAAGCCUUGACCUACUCCAACCCUUAAACUAACUCUACAAAAAUAAAAAACAUUAAUCAACUGUUUUCAGCGUCACAAACAUUAUGCGGUAUUGAAGUGCGCAUGCCCAGUGGAAGUAGCUGUAUCCCUUCUAGUCAAAACCGAAAAACAUGAGUGUUUUCAAACCUAUCCCGAUUGGUUUAGAAACAAUGACGUCACUAAGAGGGACGCAAGUGGUUUGUAUUGAGGCGUUGCUUGGUGGAUCUGACCAUGUGGAUGUUUAUUUUGUGUUUAUCUAACUUCAAUGUAAUGACAUCACGUUAGAUAUGAGUUUCGAGUGCUGCUGUGUACACUAUAUAGGAUGAAUAAAACCGGGUCUCGUGCUGGCAGGCGAGCAAGAAUAAGACGUCGGAAAAAGCACGAGGAUGUUUCCAAAGUUACUCUGUCUCACGAAGUCCAGUUUGUUCGUUUGAGGAAAUUGCUGAAGGAAAGAGGAUUCCCUUCUCAGCACCUCAUCCCUGUCAAUUUCAAUGAUACUGGAAGGGGGCUUAUGGCUACUCACCCUAUCAAGGCUAAUGGCACGGUAAUUUCGUUGCCUGAAAACUGCUUGUUGACUACCGUCACAGUUCUCAGCAGUUACAUGGGAGAAUUUAUAAAAAGAUAUCAGCCUCCGAUAUCGCCUCUCGUGGCUCUUUGUAGCUUUCUCGUUGCUGAGAGGCAUCGUGGAGACACAUCAGAGUGGAGUCCAUACAUCCAUGUCCUUCCAAAGUUUUACACAUGCCCUGUGUGCUUCCCCGAUGACAUCAUUCGCCUCUUGCCUGGGAGUCUCUGGAAAAAAGCCACGGAGCAGAAAGAACAGUUUGAGGACCUCUAUUCGUCUUCCCUUACGUUCUUUCGUUCCCUUCAGCCACUUUUUAGCCAGCCACUAGAGAAGCUGUUUACCCAGGAUGCACUGCGGUGGGCCUGGUGCAGCGUUAACACGCGGACAGUGUAUAUGGAACAUGAUCAGAGUAACUAUUUGUCCCGGGAGAAGGAUGUCUAUGCUCUCGCUCCGUACCUUGACCUGCUGAACCACUGUCCGAAUGUUCAGGUUAAAGCCGGCUUUAACAAAGAAACUCACUGCUAUGAGAUUAAAAGUGUUCACGGAUGUAAAAAGUUCCAGCAAGCAUUUAUCAACUACGGCCCUCAUGACAACCAUAAACUACUUUUGGAAUAUGGUUUUGUUGCUUCUGGCAAUCCUCACAGCGUAGUAUAUGUUGAUUUAGAAGUUCUACAAUUGUGCCUAGAUAAAAAGGAUACACAGCUAUCACAGAAACUAUUGUACCUAAAGGACAAUGAUUUUUUACACAACCUGACCUUCAGUAUGGAUGGUCCUUCUUGGAGACUGAUGACUGCAUUUAGACUUCUGUCUCUGAAACCUGAGCAAUAUGCUUGUUGGAAAAAUGUCCUUUUGGGGGCAUCAGUGAGCCGGCCUCAAGAACAGUGGUGCAUUGACUCUGCCCUAAAGCUUUGCAAUAACCUCACUGAAGACAAUGUCAAAGCUCUAGAGAGGCUAUCUCAUCUCCAACAGUGUACAGACCAUUCUCGGCUUGAGCAACUGCGUGUGGUGGAGAGUCUGAGACAAGAGGAGCAAAGGAUUUUGGAACACACACAAGUGCUUCUAGAAAACCUCGAGAGACAACAGUCGCUGUGGUAACAGUAUAG